AUGGAGAAAAGUGGGAACAUACAACUGGAGAUCCCUGACUUCAGCAACUCUGUCCUGAGCCAUCUGAACCAGCUGCGCAUGCAGGGCCGUCUCUGUGACAUCGUGGUCAACGUGCAAGGACAAGCUUUUCGGGCUCACAAAGUGGUCCUGGCUGCCAGCUCCCCCUACUUCCGGGAUCAUAUGUCCUUGAAUGAGAUGAGUACUGUCUCCAUUUCAGUCAUCAAGAACCCUUCUGUUUUUGAACAGCUCCUUUCUUUCUGUUACACGGGGCGGAUAUGCCUGCAACUGGCAGAUAUCAUCAGCUACCUGACCGCUGCCAGUUUUCUGCAGAUGCAGCACAUUAUAGACAAAUGUACCCAGAUCCUGGAGGGCAUUCAUUUCAAAAUUAACGUGGCUGAGGUUGAAGCCGAAUUAAGUCAAACGAGGACCAAGCAUGCAGAGGGACCUCCGGAGUCUCACAGAGUUACACCAAAUCUAAACCGCUCCCUCAGCCCCCGACAUAAUACCCCCAAGGGAAACCGGCGAGGUCAGGUGAGUGCUGUCCUGGAUAUCCGGGAGCUCAGUCCUCCCGAGGAGUCCACCAGCCCGCAGAUAAUUGAACAGAGUUCUGAUGUAGAGAGCCGGGAACCCAUUCUUCGGAUCAACCGAGCAGGACAGUGGUACGUGGAGACAGGGGUAGCAGACCGAGGAGCCCGGAGUGACGAUGAAGUUAGAGUCCUGGGAGCGGUACACAUCAAAACGGAAAAUCUAGAGGAGUGGCUUGGGCCUGAGAAUCAGCCUUCCGGAGAAGAUGGGAGUAGUGCAGAGGAAGUCACGGCCAUGGUGAUUGACACCACAGGCCAUGGUUCUGUAGGACAGGAAAAUUAUACUUUAGGAUCUUCAGGAGCCAAGGUGGCUAGGCCAACAAGCAGUGAGAUUGACAGAUUUAGCCCCUCCGGCAGUGUUGUUCCCUUGACGGAGAGACACAGAGCCAGAAGUGAGUCUCCUGGGAGAAUGGAUGAACCUAAGCAACCUACUUCCCAGGUAGAAGAGUCAGCAAUGAUGGGAGUAAGUGGCUAUGUGGAGUAUCUCCGAGAGCAGGAAGUAUCUGAGCGGUGGUUCCGGUACAACCCCCGUCUCACCUGCAUCUACUGUGCCAAAUCUUUCAACCAGAAGGGGAGCCUGGACCGCCAUAUGCGCCUGCACAUGGGGAUCACACCGUUCGUCUGCCGCAUGUGUGGCAAGAAAUAUACCCGGAAAGAUCAGCUGGAAUACCACAUUCGCAAACACACAGGCAACAAGCCUUUUCACUGUCAUGUUUGUGGAAAAAGUUUCCCCUUUCAGGCCAUCUUGAAUCAGCACUUUCGCAAAAACCACCCUGGCUGUAUACCCCUGGAGGGGCCUCAUAGCAUCUCCCCUGAAACAACUGUCACAUCUCGGGGACAAGCCGAGGAAGAAUCACCUUCACAAGAAGAGACAGUUGCUUCUGGGGAAACUGCCCAGGGCUCUGUGUCCACUACUGGACCAGACUGA